UGAAAUAUGGAAACGUCGAUUCUCCCUCUUUCUUCGUCGCUUUACGGCUUCAACUCGUUUCCACGUAGAACUUUUCCGACAUUUUAGCGGCUGGUUUUCCUUCGGACGCACUUUUCCUCCGGUGCUGUGGCUUCAGAAAACCAAACAGAAACACCGAGGAUGGCGCUGGACGGGAUCCGGAUGCCUGAUGGCUGCUAUGCCGACGGGACGUGGGAACUGAAGAUGCAUGUCACCGACCUCCACCGGGAUGUGUCGCUGAGGGUCACUGGGGAAAUCCACAUCGGCGGAGUCAUGCUGAAACUUGUGGAGAAACUAGAUGUGAAGAAGGACUGGUCAGACCAUGCCUUGUGGUGGGAGAAGAAGAAGACAUGGCUGUUGAAAACCCACUGGACAUUGGACAAGUACGGCAUCCAAGCCGAUGCCAGGCUGCUCUUCACGCCACAGCACAAACUUCUGCGCCUCCAACUGCCCAACAUGAAGCACAUGAAGGUCAAGGUCAACUUCUCGGACCGCGUCUUCAAGGCUGUGUCGGACAUCUGCAAAACUUUCAAUAUUCGCCACCCAGAGGAGCUAUCUCUACUGCGUAAGCCCCGUGAUCCUAAGAAGAAGAAGAAAAAGCUGGAGGAGGCAGAGGAGGAUGAUCUUGAGCUGGAGGGUCCACUGUUAACCCCUGGAUCAGCCUCUGAGAUAGUAUACAUCGGACCUGUCAAAGGGAGCAUCUACUCAAGUCCAGGCUUGUACAGUAAGACAAUGACCCCCACCUACGACUCCAGGGAUGGCAGCCCACUGUCGCCCACCUCUGCCUGGUUUGGGGACAGCCCCUUGUCCGAAGGAAAUCCCAGCAUCCUCGCCGUCAGCCAGCCAAUCUCCUCACCAGACAUCCUGGUGAAAAUGUACAAGCCCCAGUCUCUGCUGGACAAAGCCAAAAUUAACCAGGGGUGGUUGGACUCAUCCAGGUCUCUGAUGGAGCAGGAUGUGAAGGAGAAUGAGGUGCUGCUGCUGAGGUUCAAAUACCACAGUUUCUUUGACCUCAACCCUAAGUAUGAUGCCAUCCGAGUGAACCAGCUCUAUGAACAGUCCAAGUGGGCCAUCCUGUUGGAGGAAAUCGAGUGCACGGAGGAGGAAAUGAUGAUGUUUGCUGCCCUGCAGUACCACAUCAACAAGCUGUCAAUCAUGGCUUCAGACAACCACAUGAACAACAGUGAGAAGGAAGUGGAUGAGGUGGAUGCAGCACUGUCAGACCUGGAGAUCACGUUGGAAGGAGGGAAGACGUCCAACACACUGGGUGAUAUCACAUCUAUUCCUGAGCUAGCUGACUACGUCAAAGUUUUCAAACCCAAGAAACUGACGCUGAAGGGCUAUAAGCAGUACUGGUGCACAUUCAAGGAUAUCACAAUUUCCUGUUACAAGACUAAAGAGGAGGCACAUGGGACACCUGCUCACCAAAUGAAUCUAAGAGGUUGUGAGGUAACUCCAGAUGUUAACAUCUCGGGUCAGAAAUUCAACAUCAAGUUGCUAAUCCCUGUGGCUGAUGGCAUGAACGAGAUCUGGCUUCGGUGUGACACAGAGAAGCAGUACGCCCACUGGAUGGCCGCGUGCCGUUUGGCCUCCAAAGGGAAGACCAUGGCAGACAGCUCUUACAACCUGGAGGUCCAGAACAUUCUGUCCUUCCUCAAGAUGCAGCAUAUGAAUCCAGACCCUCAGUUCAUUGAGCCGAUCACCACUGACAUCAACCCAGAAUGCCUGGUGUCGCCACGAUACCUGAAGAAGUACAAGAACAAGCAACCAGGCUAUAUCAGGGACCUGAUUUCAGCCCGGAUCCUUGAAGCCCACCAGAACGUGGCACAGAUGAGUCUCAUCGAGGCCAAGAUGCGUUUCAUCCAGGCGUGGCAGUCGCUCCCUGAGUUUGGAAUCACUCAUUUCCUCGCAAAGUUCCAGGGAGGAAAGAGGGAGGAGCUGAUUGGCAUCACCUACAACCGUUUGAUCCGGAUGGAUGCCGGCACCGGAGAUGCCAUCAAGACUUGGCGCUUUAGCAACAUGAAACAAUGGAACGUCAACUGGGAGAUCAAGAUGGUGACGGUGGAAUUCGCAGACGAGCCGAGUCUGUCGUUCAUCUGCGCCGAGGUGGACUGCAAGGUCGUCCACGAGUUCAUCGGCGGCUACAUCUUCCUGUCCACACGCGCCAAGGACCAGAACGAGUCUCUAGACGAGGAGAUGUUCUAUAAGCUGACCAGCGGCUGGGUCUGAGCUGCACCCCCCCCCGAACAAGCCAGGGGUCAUAGUGGGCUGGGGGGCCAGGAGGGGAGCGGUGGGAGUGGAACCACGUUGUAUGGGUUUAUUUUAUUCUACUUUUCUCAGUCUUUAUACAUUUUUUUGGAGCUGUGCUGAAAAGUCCAGAACAGUGCAACUGUUGCCAUGCCAACAACCGUGUUCUCUGUUGUAUUGCCGACGAGGUCCUUUGUUAUAACACUAAAUCGUGAUUGAAUCAGUUCAGAUGAACUUUGAACUUAAACUCCUGUGGUUGAGCAGAAGCCUGUUAAACUACGACCACCUGCCUCCUCCUCCUCCUCCUCCUCCUCCUCCUGGACCGACGGCCAUCAACUUAACGUCCAUGACUUCCCUUUAAAAACCAAUCAAACACCAAAUUGAAUCCCAAAGAUCCUUUUUUUUUUUCCUUUUUCCUCUUCACUCUUUUGUCUUUGUCUCUUUCUCUACUAGAACUGGACUGAAGAGCUGACGUCAGACUGUCAUUAAAACAUGUUGUGCUUUAGUGCCACAGAUAAACUACAGUUAUAUCGAAUUAUUUAUCCUAAAACAUGGAUUUCCUCAGAGUCCGAUGGAAAGGGGGCGGGUCUGUAAACAGCAGCGUACAUCCUCUCCACUUAAUGAAGGGUUUAAUCUCCCUGAAGUCACGUGUAAGCACUUCUACAGUACACAGUCCUGUUUUUGAAUAAGCUGUUUUUUAAAUGUCCUUUUUCUUUCCAUGUCUGUGUCUUCACAACAGGAGAGUUUAGUCUCUCCUAUGAAUUUUCAGCGUAUUAUCUGACAGGUGCGACACUGAGAGCCUCAGUUUAGUUUUUGUAUUUAACGGACUUCUGAUAGUGAGCAUGUCUGGAAACACACUACAGCUCAGUGCACUGUCACGAGCAUCCUGUUUGUUCAAAAAUCUGGUUUCAAACCAUAGACUGAAAAAUAAAGAUGGACAUCGCCUAAAAUAUCUCAAUACUGGUGCCGCCAUCUUGCACUUUGGACUUCAUUUGGAGCCAGAGUCUGGGCAGUAGUAAUUGUUAUGGAGCUGUGGUAUCGAGGAUCUGCCAAUGCACUUGCUCAACCAAUCACAACCAUGAUUUCUAUAGCAUCAAAGAACUAAUUACAACAGUUCAACAAGCAUGUGUGAUAAAUACUACCUAAAAUGACAGAAAUGGAUUUACUCUAUUUCUAUCCACAUCCCAUCCACUAACACAGAGGAGGCAGGGAGCUUAUACUGCAGCCAACCACCAGGGGGCGAUUGAGAUCCUUUGGAGCAGUCAUGUCGUCCAUCUUUAAAGUCUAAGUUUCAAAAUAACCUACAGGAGUCGACCGAACAGCUAAAACAGCUCAGUCUAUAAAGUCAUUUAUUCUCAUGUUCGCUGCAUUGAGUGUUUUCUAAAAACAAGUUUAUAAACACUAAUCACUAAUGUCACGAGUUGUCAGUGCAUGUUUGUUUAAAGCGUCUCAUCCCAUUGACAGUUUUUAUCGUUGCUUUUUAAUAUUUAAACCCUCGAGAAGCUAAAUGAUUUGUUGACAUGUCCACUACGUUUUCCAAAGUUUAGAAUGUUUUAUCAGCAUCAUGUGACCUGGUAGUGCACAUUUAGAAACCAUCAGUCCACUAAAGUCUGCUCCCUGUGUUCAUUCAGUCUUUUGUCCACAGCGUGUACGAGCAGAGGUCUUCAGGUUUAUUGACUGUAGCCCUCACUUGAAAUGUUUGACUAGAGGUUCUUGCAGUUCUGCCACGUUCAGGGACAGUCCCUGUUUAAUAUGCAAUAUCUUAAUUGGUUUGAGAUGCACGUCUUCUCUUUAAAGCGAGUGGCCAUGGCUGCUCGUCUGUGUCAUCCAGGCAGCAGAACCAGACUUGAAUCCACUGAGGAUGAAACUCUUCUGCUGGUGGGGUAGAUGCACGUGUUUAAAAUGUCUCAUCCUAUUGGCAGCAGAUUUAAAAACUGUCCACUACCUUUCUCCAACCUUAAGCUCGUCUCUUAGGCCAAUUGUGUUUUUUCUCCUGACCUGAAAGGUUAACUUUUAUCCAUCACAUUUAAAAGCCCUGACAUCUCAUUGCUCUGUGCAUUGACACUACAUAACACGAGGGGUCAUCACUACCUUCUACCACCUUUUUAUUCUUAUCGCCUUUCUGUCUCUCACACCGUAUAGUAUUAAUAUUGUUGUUAUUCUUAUUUUUAUCAUUACACACCAGCAAAAGGUCACUGAGUUUGAAGAAUAAAUAUGCAAAAUGUUUUUUUCCUCUGUUCUCAGUAUGAAGGAUCAGUCAGUAAAGUAUUAUUUUUUGUAACUAAUGUAAAAACACAAACGUUUUAUAGAAAUUGUACAGUUUUUUUUCCUGCUUUUUUUGGGGGGGGGUUGGAAGUUUUUCCUUUCAGAAAAAAAAAAGUGGGUUGUCAUCUGUCAACGUGUAGUAUUCAGAAUCGUGCCUGCUCAUGUUGUGGUCUUACCAAGUUUUCAGAUGAAGAUAUAUAUGAAUAUAUAUGAAGAUAACACUAGUCUCAAACUCCAGAUUUGAUGAAGAUGUUUGUCGAGUACAUAUAUUUUUUUUCUAAAAUACAGAUACGUAUGCCUUUUCAAUGUGUUCUUUAUUUCUUGUAUUACUGCUUAAUUUUAUUGAUUUUCUGCUUUCUCUUCUACCACCUGUGGCCCAGAGUUGCAUUUUUAGCUCGUUCUUUCGACUGACGGUGAUACUUUCUGUGCAUUUUUUGCUGCAAAUUUAAUUUGCUCUUUUUUGUUUUUGAUGUACUUCACCUAUUCGUCUGGUAUUGUGUCACAACCGAAGUGUGCCAUUUAAUAAUUGUCCAUAUGAAGGAGACCCACAUUGCUUAGACCUUGGAGUUUGAGACAAAUCAGCAAAAAUGAAGUUGGGAGGAAAAUCAAGCCUCGUCUUUGUUCUCUGAUGUGUUUGUUUGCCUCCAGUGUCGGGAGCAGCAGUGCAUGUCCUGCUGCUCUGUUUUCUGACUGUAAAAAUGCAUUUAUUUUAAAAAAUAAUAAAGUAAUUUUUAUUUAA